AUGAGGAUAGAUGUUUCUUGUGCCAUGCCAACGAUGAUAGAGGUUCGAGAGGCUGUCUUCAGUAUUGAGCCGAAGAGUGUUGCAGGACCAAAUGGAUUUGGGGCGAUUUUCUAUCAUACCUGCUGGGAUCUCGUCUCAGAGGAUGUUUUUGGUGCAGUAUCUGAGUUUUUCCGUGGCAAAGCGAUGCCGAAGAGUUUCACAGCUACUACCAUCUCCCUUAUACCUAAGACCGCCAGCCCAGGUUCUUGGAGUGAGUACCGGCCGAUAAGUUUGUGUAAUGUUACGAAUAAGAUAUGCACGAAGUUGAUGUCCAUUAGACUUGGGCAUGUCCUACCGAAGUCUCACCGGCCGGAGGUGAAUGUUAUCUUUAAGCUUGAUAUGGCCAAAGCUUAUGAUCGAGUUAACUGGGAGUUCCUCUUUCAAGUCUUGCUACUAAAGGGUUUCCCGCAGCGCUGGGUUGACUUGGUGGCUAAUGCUGUCUCUAACUGUUGGUUCUCGGUCUUAGUGAAUGGAGAGCAUGCUGGAUUCUUUCAUUCGACACGAGGCUUGCGGCAGGGGGAUCCGCUAUCCCCGAUGUUAUUCAUGCUUGCUGCUGAUUACUUAUCUCAGGGGCUAGAUCGACUUUUUACAGUGCACCCAAUGAUGCAGCACAUGGCAUUGCUCCGUUAUUUUCUCCAUGCAUAUGAGCGAGUGUCGGGACAAUGGAUAAAUAGUGAAAAGAGUUCGUUUAUUCUGAGCCGGCAGGUGUUGUCGUCACAAUUGCAAAAGGUACAACACGUUAUGGGUUACCAGUUGAAAUAUCUCCCAGUCACAUACUUGGGAGUCCCUCUGUACAGGGGCAAUCGGAAGGCUAUGCCUUUACAUCUACUUCAAGUAAUUCACCCACCUAAAUCUGUAUUGAUAACCAUUGAGCGCAUAUUCAAUGGUUUCUUUUGGGGCUCGUAUAAUGGCCGUCGGCAUAUCCAUUGGUCUUCAUGGGAUAAGAUGUGUAGCCCAGUAGCAGAAGGUGGUUUGGGUGUUCGGAGUUUGACGGAGACCCGUCAUCCUACUCAUGUGCUGUAUAAUAGCAAUCAUUCCUAUGUUUGGCAUCGUUUGUGUCGCAUCAGGGAUGUGGCAGAACCUCUAAUAUUCUGGACUUUGGGCCAGGGUGCAGUGUCCUUUUGGCAUGAUAAUUGGUACGGUGAGAAGCCUUUAGCCCAGCUAGAUCAUGGGGCCCCUGACACUAUGGAGCCGGUAUGCUAUUAUUGGCAUGAGGGAGAAUGGAAUGUCCCCAGGAUCUUCAGGAUAGUCCCGCCACAGAUUGCACAUGUUAUCUUCCAAAUUCCUAUUGCAGUGGGACAGCGGGACAAAAUUGUGUGGACCGCGGCGAGUAAUGGGACGUUUUCCACGACAUCGGCAUGGGAGGCCAUUCGAGUGGUAUCUCCUCGGCGGCAACUUUUUACAGAUAUAUGGCACCGUUCUUUGCGGCCAACGGUGUUGUCCUUCUUAUGGCGGCUUUUCCAGGAUUGGAUCCCGGUGGAUGAACGCAUGAAGCGAAAGGGAUUUAGUUUCCCAUCAAAAUGCCAAUGUUGUGAUGCAGAGGAGAGCAUCUCUCAUCUGUUUGUUGAAGGGGCAAUAGUUCGAGAUGUGUGGCUGCACUUUGCUAAUGUCUUUGGGCUUCAACUUUGUGAAACGGGGAACCUGCGUCUUAUGGUGCACUUUUGGGGAUACUCUAUCCCGUUUCACUCAGAUUUGCACAUUCGUACUUUGGUGCCAUUUUUGAUUCUAUGGUCUACUUGGACGCAACGAAAUGCUGCAAAGUAUCAGGGGUACAUUUUACGACAACGGGAAUCAUAUUGGAGGUUCAGCGCCAGCUUCGCACACUAUAUGUUGCACGGAUCAUGA